GGGGCAGGAAGAACGAACUCGACUUGAGUUCUGCGGAACCAGCUUCAAGUUUCUGCUUUUCGGUGGUGGUGUCCGGGGUUCCAUCCACGACGGAGCGGUCCUCGGAACCGCCGGAAGUCGCUCAAAGGGGAGACAGGAAGUCCCACCCCUUCCUCCCAAAGGGAAGACGGUGAGCCGGAGGAGUCAGUCAGAGGGGCGAGCAGGAGCGAUUCCGUCGGCAAACAGAUUAUGUGUGUCAAGUGAGCCACCUGCGACACAAGAAACAUCUUCAGCACUUUAUUAAUAAUGGAUUCUGAGAAUAAACUUGAGAACGAUGAGGGUGAAAAUGUAAAGAAAGAACCAGAAGACUUGAGAAACAGUCCAUCCCCAAAGGAAGACUGUGGGCUCGUUUCUGAUCAGAGAGCAACUUCCUCUGGGAAUUUUACAAGCAAGAGAGGUUUUCCAGAUUCUUCCCACUUGGACAGUGUCAUCGUGGAGGAGGGCGGACAUGGGCAUGCUUCCAAAAGAAUGAAAUUAGAGGAGGCAGAACCCCUUACGUCUGAAGAGCAGGGCACUCCUGUGGUAGAGCCUGCCGAGCGCACGGUCCCAGACGUGGGUGUCCCGCCAGCCAGGAUGGCACAGGAGCCCCUCCUGAAUGCCUGUGCGGAGGGAGGCGGGGGUCUUCCUGGUGCCUUUUCCUCUGGUGAUUUAAGUGCUGUGGAUGCUGUUUCUUUGAAAACAGACACUGAAAAAAAGCCUGUGCAGGAGAUGGUUUCCCUGGAUGCAGAAAGAGAAUCCCCUUCUCCCCUGAAAGAAGUGAGUGUUGGUUGUGCUGUUGUAGCUGUAGACAGAGUUCCCAAGUGCAGCAGAUGUGGCCGUUUGUCCUCCUCUCUUUCUGAUUUGGAAAAACAUGCUGACUGUCACAGACCACCAUCUAAGGAACAUACCUGCUGCCAGUGUAGCCACCAAGCAGAGAGCAGCUCUGCUGUGCACCUGCACUCCAGACACACACAUGGGCCCCAGAAGGUCUUUUCCUGUGAUCUUUGUGGCUUUCACUGUGUGGAGGAAAACCUGCUGGAUGCACAUUAUCUUGGCAAGACACAUCUCCGGCGCCAGAACCUUGCUGCUCGUGGAGGCUUUGUGCAGAUCUUAACGAAACAGCCGUUUCCUAAGAAAACGUGUACGAUGGGGACAAAGACUGUUCGAGCAAAAGCAAGAGCUUCUAAACCAAUGACAAAGAGUAGUGAUUCAAAAGGGUUCCGGAAUGUUGGGAGCAAGUUUAAAGAUUUCAGAGGAAACAUUUCUAAACAGAGUGGCAGCAGUAGUGAGCUUCUUGUUGAAAUGAUGCCCUCCAGAAACACUUUGUCAGACAAAGUAGAGAUCAUUGAAGGAAACAUGCCUUCCCUUGGUAUAACUCGAAAUCCUGAAAACCAGAGCAAGAAACUAGGAGGCUUAGUAACCUCAGAGAGUCUCUUAGGUAAAUUGGAAUCUACCAGAAACACUCUACAGACAGCACAUAAUAUCAGUACAGCCUCAAGGCCAAGACCCGACCGAAAUGUUCUAGUGCUGGGUAGCAGCUUUCGACGACGCAGUGGCACUUUCAGCUUGAAGGGUCAGGCAAAGAAAAGGUUUAAUAUCUUAGGAAUUAAUAAAAGAGGUGCAAAUGAGACUCAGAGGAUGUAUGCAAGACACUUUAAAACACAGACGAAAACAAAUGAUGCAGAGUCAGUUCUCAAACACGUGGAUAUGAGCGACAGUGUCCAGAAUCUGUGUGUGACUACCUCAGCCCCCCAGGAACUGACACAGGACAAGAGGGACUCCCCUCUCUUGGGUCCCAUGCAGCUGGACUCCCUGACAGUGAGACCAGCCUCUGACUGUCAUGGGUCUACUUGUGCAGACUGUGGUCAGAUAGCCGCAAACAGGACAGACUUGGAAAUCCAUGUGAAAAGGUGCCACGCCAGAGAGACAACAGACUGCUGCCAGGCAUGUGACUUUUCCAGUGUGUCGAGGAGGGACUUCGAUGAACACUUGCACAAGAGCCAGCAUCAGCAAACUGCUUCUGUCCUCAGUUGUCAAUGUUGUUCAUUUGUUUCCUCUGCUGAAAUAAAUCUUAGAGAGCAUAUGAAGGACAAGCACAGCAUGAGUUUUUUUUGUACCCCUUGUAAUCUGUUCUUCUUGUCCGAGAAAGACUUGGAGGAACACAGAGCAACUGAGAAACAUAUGAGUUUGUUGGUUCAACGAAAGACUUCUCAGUCAUUUAACAAUGAUACGGUUUUACAGACUUUAAGUACAUUAGAAUCAGAAAACACGAAAGGUCGUUUGAAUGAGUCAGGAAAAGCAGCUCAGGAAGAACCUGUCAAAUCCAGGGUAAGCCAUGGAAAUGAAGUUAGGCAUUCAAGUAAGCCUCAGUUUCAGUGUAAGAAGUGUUUUUAUAAAACCAGAUCGUCCACUGUUCUCACAAGACACAUUAAACUUCGGCAUGGUCAAGACUAUCACUUUCUUUGUAAAGCAUGUAAUCUUUACUCCUUGAGCAAAGAGGGAAUGGAGAAGCACAUUAAACGAAGCAAGCAUCUUGAAAAUGCUAAGAAGAAUAAUAUUGGCUUAAGCUUUGAAGAAUGUAUUGAAAGGAUAUGUAUAGGUGCGAAUGAUAGAAAAGAAGAGUGUAGUGUUUCUGGAAACGGGAGGACUGAAGGCCACGUGGGUGUGCCAUCACAGGAACACCCGCAUCUUGAGAAGGGCACGUUGACUCCUAGGGAGCUCUCACAGCCCAGUGUCAUCACCAAAGACGACGAUUUCACUUUGACCACCACUCCAAGAAGAGGGAGACCCAAAGGUAACGUCUCGCGGACAUGCACACACUGUGGUCUUUUGGCCUCUAGUAUUACCAAUUUGACUGUCCACAUUAGACGAAAGCACAGUCACCAGUAUAGUUACUUAUGCAAAGUGUGCAAGUAUUAUACUGUAACUAAGGGAGAUAUGGAACGUCAUUGUGCCACCAAGAAGCAUAAAGGACGAGUAGAAAUAGAAGCCAAUGGAAAGCAAAGUUCAGAUAUCAUCGUUGGUCCUGAAGGGAGUCAUCUUGAACCCUGCAAAAAGAACACCACUUCAGCAGUGACGACUUCAGACGAGCAGGCUAGUAAGUCAGCUGAGGCAGAGAACUCUGUUUUAGAAAAGCCAGGAGAUCAUGGAAAUGCAAAUGAGGUUGAAGUUGAAAGUGAAUUUCAUUCUUUAGAUGAGGAAGCUAUUGACAAGAGGGGACAAAUAUCUUUAGAGCCAGAAGACUCUCUCCAUCAGGGGGAUGUUACAGGUACAAGUGAUAACAAAUGUCUACACUGUGAGUUCAGUGCUCACUCUUCGGCUUCUCUCGAGUUGCAUGUAAAACGGAAACAUACAAAAGAGUUUGAGUUUUAUUGCAUGGCAUGCGAUUACUAUGCAGUAACUCGUAGAGAGAUGACAAGGCAUGCAGCCACCGAGAAGCACAAGAUGAAAAGGCAGUCCUAUCUCAGCGCUUCUCAUGUGGACGCAGGUUCUGCAGAAGUGUCCAAAAAUAUCACCGUGCCAGAAGAGGAGCCUCAGCAAAACGCUGAGGAAUUUCAGUUAAUCUCACACCAGUCAUCUGAUGCUCUGAAAUCCGGAAGUGGUGCUGGUGGCCCUGUUUUAGAUGAGAAUACUGAUUUAGACAUGUCUAAAGUGCUCUGUGCUCCUGACUCUGUGGAUAUGGAGGCUGAGGGAGGGUCUGACUUCAGUGAAGACCAUUCCUUUUGUCAGGCUUUCCAACAGCCCCUUGACAAGAGUAAAGUGGUGAAACCCGAGGAGAUGGUUUCCCUUAAUAUUUCUUCCAAUUUUGAUUCUCCAAGCAGAUUUCAAGAUGAAAAUUCAGGAAGCUCUGUUUUGAAUUGUGAGACAGCAAAGAAAAAGCAUGAAAUGCUGAAUGAUGUUGGUGAUGCAAAUAUGCAUUGUGAGGUUGAUGGUGGAAGUACGGGAGAUAGUGGAGGCCAAGUCCUUCCCAAACACCUGAGUCCUGGAGUUCUGGAUGGGGUGCACUCGGCUGAGAGCCCUACCCCUGUUAUGAUGAGUGUUACAAGAGAACAGCGUACGCUGGAUGGCAGUGGCCAAGACACGGUUGGGUGUGCACAUAGUUUGGAGGAUUUGAAAGGUGUACAAGAAAAUCCUGUUCUGGAGAAUAAGGGAGUUCUGAUGAAUUCCCAGCAUGAAGCUGAAAUUGUUUUGGAAGAAGAUGGCCCCGCUUCUGAUGGCACAGUUGAAAGUAGUGAUGUUUAUGAAACUGUAAUCAGUAUUGAUGAUAAAGGGCAGGCCUUGUACAGUUUUGGCCGGUUCGAUUCUUCCAUAGUACGAAUAAAGAACCCUGAAGAUGGUGAAUUGAUAGAUCAGUCUGAGGAGGGUCUGGUAGCAGCAGGGGUGAGGAUCAGCGAGCUGCCCUUGAAAGACUGUGCUCACGGCCUGAAAAGGAAGAAGCCUGAAGGCAGUUCCUUUGGCGAGUCCACACGGAUUCGUUGCGAUGAUUGUGGCUUCUUAGCAGAUGGACUGAGUGGACUGAAUGUCCACAUAGCCAUGAAGCAUCCUACAAAAGAGAAACACUUUCAUUGUUUACUGUGUGGAAAGUCAUUCUACACAGAAAGCAACCUUCAUCAGCAUUUGGCUAGUGCUGGUCAUAUGAGAAAUGAACAGGCUAGUGUUGAAGAGCUCCCAGAGGGAGGGGCCACCUUUAAAUGUGUCAAGUGUACAGAGCCCUUUGAUUCUGAACAGAAUUUAUUUCUACAUAUUAAAGGACAGCAUGAGGAAUUGCUACGGGAAGUGAAUAAGUAUAUUGUGGAAGACACUGAGCAGAUCAACCGUGAGAGAGAGGAAAACCAGGGGAAUGUUUGCAAGUAUUGUGGAAAGAUGUGUCGAAGUAGCAAUUCAAUGGCAUUCCUGGCACACAUUCGCACCCACACAGGAUCGAAACCAUUCAAGUGCAAGAUAUGCCAUUUUGCAACAGCUCAGCUUGGAGAUGCCAGAAACCACGUGAAGAGGCACCUUGGGAUGAGGGAAUACAAGUGUCACAUCUGUGGGGUUGCAUUUGUAAUGAAGAAGCAUUUAAAUACGCAUCUACUAGGCAAACAUGGAGUUGGCACCCCAAAAGAAAGGAAAUUUACAUGCCACUUAUGUGAUAGGAGCUUCACGGAGAAGUGGGCCCUCAACAACCACAUGAAGCUCCACACAGGAGAAAAGCCGUUUAAGUGCAGCUGGCCCACGUGCCACUACUCAUUCCUCACGGCCUCGGCCAUGAAAGACCACUACAGGACGCACACAGGCGAGAAGUCGUUUCUAUGUGACCUCUGCGGCUUUGCCGGUGGGACCCGGCACGCCCUCACCAAGCACCGCCGGCAGCACACAGGAGAAAAACCUUUCAAGUGUGAUGAGUGUAACUUUGCUUCCACAACCCAGUCCCAUUUGACGCGACAUAAGCGUGUGCACACUGGAGAAAAGCCGUACAGAUGCCCCUGGUGUGACUACAGGUCAAACUGUGCUGAAAACAUCCGCAAGCACAUUUUACACACUGGCAAACAUGAAGGGGUCAAGAUGUACAACUGCCCCAAAUGCGACUACGGCACCAAUGUCCCUGUGGAAUUCCGAAACCACUUGAAGGAACAGCAUCCUGAUAUCGAAAACCCUGAUCUCGCCUACCUGCAUGCUGGCAUUGUUUCCAAGUCCUACGAGUGCCGCCUGAAGGGACAGGGAGCCACCUUCGUGGAGACGGACAGCCCCUUCACGGCGGCCGCGCUGGCAGAGGAGUCGCCCGUCAAAGAGAAGUCCCUGCGGAGCAGCAAGAGGCAGGCGCAGCCUCCGGAGCAGGUGCAGCAGGUCAUCAUCAUCCAGGGCUACGACGGGGACUUCGCCCUGGACGCCUCUGUGGAGGAGACGGCCGCGGCCACCCUGCAGACCCUGGCAAUGGCCGGCCAGGUGGCCAGGGUGGUGCACAUCACGGAGGACGGGCAGGUCAUUGCCACGAGUCAGAACGCGGCCCACGUCGGCAGCGUGGUGCCCGGGCCCAUCCUCCCUGAGCAGCUGGCCGAGGGAGCCACCCAGGUGGUGGUCGUGGGGGGCUCGAUGGAGGGCCGCGGUGUGGAGGAGGCCCUGGGCCCCGGAGGGGCUGUGAUCCAGCAGGUCACCAAGCAGGAGGUCUUCAGUCUUUCCGAGGCCGGGACGCCCGAUGCCGCUUCUGCCUUGGAUGCCUUGCUCUGUGCCGUCACCGAGCUGGGGGAGGCGGAGGGCAGGGCAGGGAGCGAGGAGGAGCGGGGCCGGCCGGGCCACAAAGACGUGCUCAUCCAGCUGCCCUGCCAGGACGCCGCCGAGCCCGAGGGCCCCGAGAUCCAGGUGUUCCCAGACACCCAGGAGAGCCCGGCGGCCGUGGAGGUGCGGACCCAGGUGGCCCGCGCCUCCGCCCUCGUCGCGUCUCCAGAGCGAGCACAGGUGGCCUUCAAGAAGAUGGUGCAGGGCGUCCUGCAGUUCGCCGUGUGUGACUCGGCCGCGGCCGGCCAGCUCAUCAAGGACGGCGUCACCCAGGUCAUCGUGAACGAGGAGGGCGCCGUGCACAUGGUGGCCGGGGAGGGCUCCCAGAUCCUCAUGCAGGAGCCCGGGGCCCACGGCCUGAGGGUGCCAGGCGAGCACAUGGACCUGGUGGAGUCUGACGGGGAGAUCUCGCAGAUCAUCGUCACAGAGGAGCUGGUGCAGGCCAUGGUGGGCGAGUCCGCCGGCGGCUUCCCCGGGGGUGCCACCCACUACAUCGUCACGGAGCUGCCCCCGGGGGCACAAGAGGACGCGGGCGUGUUCUCCCACACCGUGAUCGAGACGGCCGGCCCCCAGGAGCUCCUGCAGGCCGAGGCCGUGGCCCCGGGCGGGGCGGAACAGCUGACCAGCAUGGUCAUUUACACCCAGGACGGCUCCCCUGCAGCCACAGUGAUUCAGAGCCAAAGAGAAAGCAGCGAGCUCCACGAAGGCUGAGCGUGGGCGCUGUGCCCCUCACUCCACCCAGAGGUGCAGGAGAGGCCCAGUGAGAGCCACCAGUGCGCGGGGGCAGUGAGCCGGGCCGGGCCCGGGCAGCCUUCCCUGGCUGGAGCUCCGCUGGCCUGGCUUUUACACCCACAGUGUUUCCCCGUUCAGUCCCUGCAGGGCGGUGGCCCGCGGCGGUCAGCUACGGGACAGGCCUCCUGUGGCGUGGGGCUACUGCCCCGGCGGCCAGCGCGCUGCUGGCUUUAACGUUUCGUUGUCAAUUGGUUGAAAGUUGCAGCUGCGAGUAUUACCGUCUGGAAGCAGUCCACUCCAUUUUCUCUUUCUUUUGAAACUUUAGGAUAACAGUGUCCCAGACCAAAGGAAGCCUGUUAGUUCAUUUCACCUCUAAAUCUCCUCCCUUCAAACAUUGUCACCGUAUUCAUUGCUCUGGUUGCAUUCUGCAUAUAAGGAAUAAGAAGCCCACGGUUAAGAAAAGCCUCGAAGUUUACUUAAGAUAGACCUCGGUUAAGACAGCUGUUGCUUCUGACUUAGCUUCCUGCCAUGAAAUCUCUCUAUGAAAUGUGCACUCUGGAAAACACUGCUCAUAUCAAUAUUUUGCUUUUCAUGACAAACAUUUGUUCUUACUGCUGUCGCUCUGCAGGAUCUAUUUGUGAUUUGUGUCGGUCUGAACAGGCCGACCUUGAAGGUAAGCAGACAGACACCGUGCCCCUCCGCCCCCGCCCCUCCCCGCCCGGCGUCAUCCGUGGACUCACCGCGCUGUGGAGUACGAGUUCCUGUUCCAGUUUGUUUCUAGAUGCGACCGCUCUUACUUCUCCGGAACUGUAAGAUAACCCUCUCCCUCCAAUGCAAAAGUUGUUUUCAUUCUGUUUUCUUUAAAUAAAAUUGU